GCCAAAUUACAUGCCACACCUCCGCCGCCACCAUCAGAUCAUACAUCACUCCAGCGGGAAAUUCGAUCAACCAAAAGCGUUUAUAUUCCCAGAUUCUAUUUCCCCCAUGGCAAGCCGCAGCCCACAAUUGCUUUGGAACGGACAUUGCGUGGUAUUUUGGCAGCAUUCGAUACAUUUCCCAAUAAUCAGGUGACUCGUGAUGAACUGCCACGUAUUUUAAAGAUUUGCGGAUUGCCAUUCUAUUGGCGUAUGCCGGUAAUGGUGUUCUGUCAGCAGGGUAAUUCGGGAUUGGUUGAGCGUCAACGAUUUGUGGAGUUUUGGAAACAAAUGAAUGUCUAUUGCCACGAUGAGGCAUCUCGUUUUGUCUAUAUUUUAUCACGAGGCCAGCGUAUGCGUUCCUAUAUCUUACCCGAAGAUUUGGCACCCUUGGUACAAGAUGUCGUCGAUACACAUCCAGGUUUGGCCUUUCUGAAAGAGGCCACUGAAUUCCAUUCCAGAUAUGUGCAUACGGUCAUAGCACGGAUAUUUUAUAAUGUAAAUCGCAGCUGGUCGGGUAGGAUUACAAUAUCCGAAUUGAAGAAAUCUGAUUUGUUGGAGGUCAUUGGACUCUUGGAGGAGGAGGAUGACAUCAAUCAAAUCAUGGCCUAUUUCAGUUACGAACAUUUCUAUGUCAUCUAUUGUAAAUUCUGGGAAUUGGAUAAAGAUCAUGAUCUGCUCAUCAAUCAGGAUGAUUUGGCAAGGCACAGUGAUCACGCUUUGUCUACACGUAUUGUGGAACGUAUAUUUUCGGGUUGUGUUACACGUAGUGAUAAUAAAAAGAAUCCCGACGAUGAACCAAAAAUGUCAUAUUCCGAUUUUGUUUGGUUCCUACUAUCCGAAGAGGAUAAACGCACGCCAACCGCCAUUGAGUAUUGGUUCCGUUGCAUGGAUAUCGAUGGUGAUGGUGUCAUUUCAAUGUAUGAAUUGGAAUAUUUCUAUGAGGAACAGCAACAGCGUAUGGAAUCGAUUGGUAUUGAAUCGCUGCCAUUUGAAGAUUGUUUGUGCCAGAUGCUGGACAUGAUUAAACCCAAGCGACGGGAUGCUAUAACAUUGGGUGAUUUGAAAAAUUGCAAAAUGACUCAUGUGUUCUUUGAUACCUUCUUUAAUUUGGAGAAAUAUUUGGAUCAUGAACAGCGCGAUCCAUUUGCCUCGCAAAGAGAUGAAUAUACAUCCGAUUGGGAUCGUUUUGCCGCCCAGGAAUAUGAACUAUUAAUAACCGAGGAGAAUGAUUGA